GUCAUUUCUCACGCUGCAGUCUUGUGUUCUUUUGAGAAAAAAAGUUCCCCAUAAUCACAGGCUCAAAAGUAGAGUUUACUCCAAUAGCAGGGGGGUCUCCCACUCAGUCUCACUCUCCCCAUUACCCCAUCGGCACCCAUGGCCAAAACCACCACCAUCCCCACCAAACCAUUUCUAUUUCUCAGAGACAAGUCUCCCUUCAUUGCAGCCGCAGUUGCUUCUCUUCUAAUCCUUUCUGCCUUAUGGUCUUUCAUUAACCCAGCACCCUCCAGUCCCACCGCCACAAGCGGUUGCGCUAACACCACCACCACCGAGUCGCGGGAUACAACAUUCUACGAUGACCCUUCACUCAGCUACUCCAUUGGGUCCCCGUUAAAAAACUGGGACGAGAAGAGACAACAGUGGCUCCAUCACCACCCCUCCUUCGCCGCCGCUGCAACGGGAGUACUCAUGAACCGCGUCGUCGUCGUGACGGGCUCGCAGCCGCCGCCGUGCGAGAACCCGGUCGGGGACCUCCUCCUGCUGCGGCUGUUCAAGAACAAGGUCGACUACUGCAGAAUCCAGGGCCACGACAUCUUCUACAACAACGCUUUCCUCCACCGGGAGAUGAAGUCGGUGUGGGCGAAGCUGCCGCCGGUGAAGGCGGCGAUGGUGGCCCACCCGGAGGCCGAGUGGGUAUUGUGGCUCGACUCCGACGCCGUCGUGACGGACAUGGAGUUCAAGUUACCCUUUGAAAAGUACGGAAAUCACAACUUCGUCGUCAACGGAUGGGAAGACAUGAUUUACGAGAAGAGAAGCUGGUUGGGUCUGAACACAGGAAUCUUCUUGAUCAGAAACUGUCAAUGGUCGAUUGAUUUCAUCGAAACUUGGGCGUCGCUGGGCCCCGCGAAUCCGAAUCACGAUGAACUGAAGGAAAUCAUAAGGGGUACUCUGACGGAUAAAGAAUUCCCCGGUGACGAGCAAUCGGCUUUGGUUUACUUGAUGUUGAAAGAGAAGGAGAAAUGGGGGGAAAAGGUUUAUAUAGAGAAUGGGUACAGUUUUUCUGGGUACUGGGUGGGAAUAGUUGAUGGGUUUGAGAGAAUUGAGGAGAGGUAUAGGGCGGUGGAGGCGGCGGCUAGUGGGUUGAGGAGGCGGCGGGGGGAGGCGGUGAGCGGGUGGUAUGGGGAGAUGAGGGAGGUUUAUUUGAAGGGAACUCGGGACGGGAAUGGUGGGUGGAGGCGGCCGUUUAUUACGCAUUUUACGGGGUGUCAGCCGUGUAGCGGGCACCACGACCCGAGUUACGGGUCCGAGAGUUGCUGGAACGGGAUGGAGAGGGCGUUGAAUUUCGCGGAUAAUCAGGUGCUUCGGAACUACGGUUUUGUGCACAAUGGUUUAGGGAAUUCUUCGUUUGUGUCUCCUUUACAAUUUGAUUCUCCGGCAUGAUUGAUUCGAUUAUCCUAGGACGAAAAAUGCAAGAUGGGUUUGGAUUGUUGUCAAUUUGGAAAUCCGACUGGACUGUUCACUCGGAGUCCGAUCUCUUUUGUCCCGAAAAUUUAUGUCUUUGUGCCGAAAUGUUUUCUAAUCGUUGAA